GUUUAUUUGGCAGCCGAAAUAGUGUCAACAAAAUUGGGAUUUUACUUGUUGUCAAUUGAUCUACUAUUUGGCUUUACUAUUGUCUAUUGUCUCAAUAAUUGACUUAAUUAUUAUUAUUUUUUGAUUAAAUUGUUCAUCUAUUUCUUAGUAUUUUGUUAUAUGUUAUGACUGAAAGAGCUGCCUUUCAAAUGGAGAGUGAUGGAGAUGAAUUUUCUGACACAUAUGAUCAUGUUUCUGAGGAUUCAUUGACCGCCUUUGAAAGAUUGAAAGACUCAAAAGUCAUAAUUACCGCACAAGGAGAAGAAGAUAUCAAAGAAGAAGGAAAAGAACAAAGUGACAUAAAUCAUCAAUUAAAUUUAACAAUUAUGAAUCUCCAAAAAAAUAUUGAAGGUAUCUCAAAUAGACUGAAAAAUUUAGAAACUAAAAGUUCAUCUAAAAAUGGACUAUGGCCUUUUGGAAGCUUCAUUUUGGCUUACCCUAUCAUAGCCUUUUUAGUAAUGGAUAGACUUAGAAGAAAAGAUGCCAAGUGAACAUAUUCAUAAUUAACAACUUCUAACCUGAUAAUUCUUCAAAUAUAAUUCCACAAAAGUGAAAUAAUCAUCAAACAACUGCAAUAAUUGAGUGAAUUCUAAGAAUUGUUGUUUCUAAGCGAUUUUCCAAUACAUUUUAUCAUUUUCGUCUAAAGCUGAUAUUGGAUUUUGCCAUGGCAGCAGUUAAAUUUAUUUUUUUUACCUAAAACUGUGAUCGAGUUUUAAUAUCAAAUAUUCUUAGACGAGUAUACUUGAGAUUAUUUUGAUUUGAUGAAAGUGAGAAACUGUUUUUCAAAUUAAAUCUAACCAUUUCAAUCAUUAAUAAAUUUUCAAUACAUAAAA